UUGUUUCAUCUUCCCUAAUUGACACAAAAACAAAUCAUCAACUAGUCAUAUAACACUCUUAUUCCUCCUCCCCUUUCCCCAAUAAAGAAGAGCAUAAGCAUAAAGCAAACAAAAGAGGCUCCUCUCUCUCUCUCUCUCUGUCUCUCUCUUCUCUCUCUACCUGGCAUCUUCCACUGUGUCAUGUGAGAUUGUGAAAAGCCAUUUUGCAUUACAAUCUCUCUCUCUCUCUCUCUCUCUCUCUCUCCCCUUGUGUUGUGGGGAGCCAUUUCCCAACUACUCUCUCUCACUCUCUUUGGCAUCUUCCACUUUGUGUUGUGAGGAGCCAAUUCCCAUUAGAAACUCUCUCUCUCUCUCUCUCUCUCUCUCUCUCAUUUGUAUUCUACUCAAAUCACUAUAUUCAUAUAUUCACCAUCCCCUUUCAUUCUCCUCUCUUAUUGGUAUAUCAUCUCCUUCUUUGGAAAUUUCCUCUCUUUUUCUCACUACAUUCCUCAAAGUUGGGUUUUUUUUUUUUUUUUUUUUUUAACUCUGAAAGGGUCCUCUUCCUCACCACAAGUUCAAUCAAAAUCCAAUUUUUAAUCUUGGGGUUUCUGUUUCUGCUUGUUCUUGAUGCUUCUCCCUCUUCAAUUUCUCAAAAUUUUCCACAAAUUUAGUUUACUUUUUACUCUUUGAUCUUGGUUUCUUCCACUUCCUCUGUGGAAUUGGGGCUUCCAUGGGACUCUGCCAUGGGAAACCGACUCAAAGCCCUAAGUUGGAGGGGAAGGAGGAGGAGGAUGAAGGAGACGAGUACGAGGAAGAAGAAGAAGAAGAGGAGGAGCGAAACCCUAAAAUCCCCGACCCCGACGCGCCGCCCCGCUCGAAGCCCUCGAUCCCCUUCUACAUCCCGAGCCCCCUCCCGGGCUCCUACAAGAGCUCCCCGGCGAAUCCGAGCGCCACUUCAACCCCUUUGCGAUUCUUAAAGCGCCCGUUCCCCCCGCCCUCCCCCGCGAAGCACAUUAGGGCGCUCCUCGCGCGGCGGCGCGGCGCCGUGAAGCCCAACGCCGCGGCGCCGGCGCCGGCGCCGGCGUCGGCUAUUCCCGAGGGGGAAGAAGCGGGGCUAGGGUUGGACAAGUGCUUCGGCUUCUCGAGGCAGCUCUUCGCCAUGUACGAGCUCGGGGAGGAGGUGGGGCGGGGCCAUUUCGGGUAUACCUGCGCCGCGAAGCCGAAGAAGAAGGGGGAGUUGCAGGUGGAGGAGGUGGCCAUUAAGGUUAUCCCAAAAGCAAAGAUGACAACAGUUAUUGCUAUUGAAGAUGUUAGACGAGAAGUGAGGAUAUUGAGCUCUCUGACGGGACAUCAGAAUCUAGUGCGAUUCUAUGAUGCUUAUGAGGAUGAAGAGAAUGUUUAUGUAGUCAUGGAAUUAUGCAAGGGAGGUGAAUUAUUGGACAGGAUAUUAUCAAGGGGCGGGAAGUAUUCUGAGGAAGAUGCAAAGGUUGUUAUGGCUCAGAUUUUGAGUGUCGUAGCCUUCUGUCAUCUUCAUGGUGUUGUCCAUCGAGACCUUAAGCCAGAGAAUUUUCUUUUCACUUCAAAGGAUGAGACCUCUACCUUGAAAGCCAUUGAUUUUGGCUUGUCCGAUUUUGUAAAGCCAGAUGAAAGGUUAAAUGACAUCGUGGGAAGUGCAUAUUACGUCGCUCCUGAAGUUCUCCAUAGAUCUUAUGGAACCGAGGCGGACAUGUGGAGUAUUGGAGUAAUAGCAUAUAUUUUACUUUGUGGAAGUCGUCCUUUCUGGGCCCGCACGGAGUCGGGCAUAUUUCGAGCAGUCCUAAAGGCGGAACCGAGCUUCGAAGAAGCUCCGUGGCCUUCUCUCUCCGCCGAGGCUAAAGACUUUGUCAAGAGGCUUCUUAAUAAGGAUUACCGCAAGAGAAUGACUGCUUCGCAGGCUCUAAGUCAUCCUUGGAUUCGGAAUUCGCGAGAAGUGAAGAUUCCUUUGGACAUCAUAGUCUAUAGGAUGAUGAGAGCUUAUAUAUGUUCAUCUUCUCUAAGGAAAGCAGCUUUGCGGGCCCUUGCCAAAACUUUAACAGUGUCUCAGCUGUCAUAUUUGCGAGAUCAAUUUGGAUUACUGGGGCCGAACAAGAGUGGCUUUAUCUCUAUACAGAAUUUGAAGACGGCUUUCUUGAAAAGCUCGACCGAGACGAUGAAGGAUUCAGGGGUUCUUGAUUUUGUUAACAUGGUGAGUUCUCUCCACUACAGAAGGUUAGAUUUCGAAGAAUUUGUCGCCUCGGCAAUUAGUGUUUAUCAGAUGGAAGCACUGGAAACGUGGGAGCAGCACGCCCAUCGUGCAUACGAAUUCUUCGACAGGGACGGCAAUCGGCCAAUUAUGAUCGAAGAACUCGCAUCGGAACUUGGUCUUAGCCCUUCAGUCCCUGUUCAUGUUGUUCUGAAAGACUGGAUAAAACAUUCCGACGGGAAACUUAGUCUCCUCGGAUUCAUUAAACUUCUACAUGGGGUUUCUUCGCGGUCGAUUCCCAAAGCCUAGCCAAUGAAAGCCUAAUCCUGUGAAUCCCGAAAUUAGCGCAGAUGAUAAGGUGGUGCAGAAACAAGAUCAUCAGCUUUUAUCACAAGACAAACAAGGUCAAUUUUCUGUUUCUUUUUUUUUGUCAGAUUUGUCACUUCUUUUCCCUAUCGAAUGGAUUGAUCACAGAGCGAAGUCGCUCAGAUGAAUGUAUAGAUUCAGGAUAGUAACUAGAAAAGUUAAAAAGUAAAUCCAUGCUAGGUUUAGUUGGUUCUCCUCCCUGUAGACUCUCAAAUCUCAUUACUCAAUUCUCAAUUAUGAGUAGGGAACUUAAAUUUUGGGGGUGAAA